GCCAGUUACUAUCUUACUAUUAUCUUGUUGCAUCCUCGGGGUUGUCCUGCACUUGUCCAGUAAAGAUAUUCAGUGCCAACCUUGGUGAAAAUGACAGUAUAUUUUUUUCCUCGGCGUCCCGAGGGCUGCGGAAUUCUACGGCAAACCAAUUCGGCUCACUUGGUUUCGAGGACCCGCCAUGCGUGUGCAAGAAAAAAUGACUAUUCCACAAUACGCUUUUAUAGUAACCCUGUGUACAACCGGAAUCCUGCCCAUCCCACCCCAUUUCCCCUAAACCAUCCCCAAGAUCUUUCCAAUGAAUGCCCUCUCCAUCCCCAGCAUCUGUUCAAAAAUGAGACCAGAUAUGGUCAGUCAGCCCACCAUUCAUCUACUAUUGCUACAAAACUCAUUAUGUUGUCAUUAAACUUACCAACAACCACCAAAAUUGGAUCACGACAAUUCCCCCUAUACACAUUUGGGAAGUUCGGCGAACGGCUCUGCGUAGCCUCGCAUCCAUAGCUCGGCUCCAGCCAUAUCUCCUCCCUAGGAGCGACCAUUGCUGGCUGGCAGAAUAUUUAGUGACCGCGUCUUGGGAAAGGUCACUAAAUACUUCUGGCCAACGGAGGAAUGACCAAAUAGAGAACACCAAUAAUGAAACCACCAUUGCCACACUGCAAAUGCUGUUGGUUUGGUGUCGGUGAGAUACCAGGCGAGGGAGAAGAAGAAGGGGAGCAAAAAGAAGAAGAGGUCAAUGGCAACUUUAGACAGAAAAGACAUCACCAGCAUUGUUUCUGGCACAUCCUCUCUAGAAGGCGACGCAUGGUAUGGGGGAGGAUGGCCUUCUUGCCGUCUUGUGAUGCCAAAUGUGGCACUGGUUGUUUUUGGGAGCUCAUUGGCCAUGGGCAGUCCUCUGGGAUCACUUGAACUUGCCGUUGUUGGCUGUUGUACCUGGUUUGGGCUCAUCUUGAGUAAGUAUAGACAAAGUGUGAUCAGUUAAAGUCAAAGAAGCAGAUUGCGCUCAUAUACAUACUGGGACGGAAGGUAAGGGUCUUGGUUUAGGGCAGAAGAGAAGAAUGCAGGUUGGAAGACGCCAGGAAAGCUGGUAUGCUUUCUCACUUCUGACACUAGAUAGGUAUAGAUCGGUCGUUGCAUUAGUUCAAAGGACCGUUGGUUGUGCACGGACCGUUGGAUCACUGGUCGGUCAGUGCGGACGGGUCGGACAAGUGAAGUGGAGGGGUGAGUGGAGGUAAGGAACGGAUAGAUCACGUGAUUUACCCUCCUCAAACUCACCGCUGCUGGGAGAGUCAUCACUUCCGGACUUUAGACAUCCGUGAUCUCAUAAAUCACGGAGAAAUAUAAAAUGGAUACACAAGAAUGUAU